AUGGAGCUCCGGUACCGCAACGGCCUCCCCAAACAAUUCAAGCUGAAAGAAGCCCAGUUCAAACUCAGCAAGAGGCAUGUCCUGAAGAUCCACUACAACAAUAAAAACGUUAUGUUGACGUCCAACGGCAUCCCGAGUAGCGGGUCAGGGCUUGCCUCGCAUCUCAUCACGCGCAGCGAUAUCGGGAUGCUGGAUGCGGUCACAGACGUGGCGCACGAAAUUAGACAUAUGUUUGGUCUGCUGCAUGAGCACCAGGAUAGCAUGUUCUGGGGCACGGGUAUCAGCGAGCCAGUCUUCACAUUCAACUGUCAGGAUCUUAAGGAUCAUGACGAGAAGACCAAGGGGAAGACUGGGGAGCAGAUUAACGGCGCGAAUGGCAUCUGCGAGUCCCGUGAGGAGGCCGCGAAGGCGGGCUUCUCGGCUGUGGAGUUUCUGCCGUUGAUGGGGAGUACUGCUUUGGCUGCGGGGCCGGAGGAUGUCGAUUGGGAUUCGAUCAUGUUGUAUGCUAGCGGGGCUGGGGGGCAGGCAUCGACGCAGACGCGUGAUCGUCGGGCGCCGGCGCUGUUGAAGAAGAAGGGGAAUGAGGAAACCAAGCCCAAGACGAAGCCGAGCGCGAAGGAUGUGCAGGCUUUGAAGAACUUGUAUAAGAUCAAAUAG